AUCCCUGUGCCAGGACCAUCAGCAUCACCUAAUCCCUGCUUCCCUCUCAACCCGCAGCUCUGGCAAAAGUGUGAAGCUGAGCUAAGAUGGCAGCCAAAAAUGAGGUUUUGCCCAUUGUAGCCAUGUUUACUCUGAAAAUUUAGUGUUUCCAGCUCACAUCUCUUGACUGUGAUCAACAGCUUGGUCUUGAGUCUUGAUGUGAUAAAAAGUGCCAUCAGCAAACCUUGCAGCAAUAAGCAUGGAUAUGUACAGUCAGCUCUCUAAAUCAGAAGCAUCUGCCCUCCCUUUCUGGAGCUAGACGGAAGGAAGUGGGGUAGAAAAUGAAAUAUCAGCUCCUAACCUCGGGUCAGAUCAGAUCACUGUUUUUGGUGCUGGUUCUAGCACUCACGGUGGGGAGCUCACCCCACGGGAGGGUAGCUCAUCCCCGACCCAGCAAGAACGGUGGCUCUGUGAGGCUUAGUGAAGAUUGCCUGAACCAAAAGAAUCUCAAGUUUCCUACCACGGUGAAAGUUGACGUUCGUAUCAGCAAUUCAGAUCAUGCCUUUAGGUUGGUCCAUGAUGUCAGGAACCGGUCUCUCUCUCCUUGGGAUUACAGGCUUGAUGAGGACCCCAACCGCUUCCCCCAGGUGAUUGCUGAUGCCAAGUGCCGCCUCUCCAGCUGUGUGAACCCACUGGGGCAGGAGGACCACAGCCUCAACUCCGUCCCCAUCCAACAGGAGAUCCUUGUCCUCCAGCGGGAGCAGCAGGGCUGCCAAUACACCUACCGGCUGGAGAAGAAAGUCAUCACUGUGGGCUGCACGUGUGUUGCUCCAGUCAUCCACCACCAGUCCUAGGAGGAGGAAGGCAACACUGGGAAGAAGAAGUAUUUCCUAUGAAUAUCCCUCUGGAGAAAUCCCACAGUAACCCAGCUUGCAUCCCAAGCAUUUAACAUGACAUCUCCUUUCCAAAUCUGAGCAGACUGCAUUCUGAAAGUAGUGAUUCUUGCUGUUAUGGAUUUUAGAACAGGAAGCACUGGUAACUUGUGAUGGAGGGAGAAAGAUGGUGGAAAUGUUGUCCUUGGAAGUAAGUUGCCCUAAUGCAUACCUGCAAACCAUCACUGCUACAAAAAUCCUUCUUCUGCACCUUCUCUCUCCCUUCCUCAUCUCCUAGCUCCUUUUCGUUCUCUGGCCAUCCUUGCUCACUAGCAUAUUACUAGUGUAAACUGGCCUGAUUUUCAGAUUUUCAUUGCAUUCUGGGUUUGUGUCACUGCUGCUCCAUGGGAAGCAGUGGCUGACUUAACUCAGAAUAUUCUGGGAGAAAAUUGAGUCCACUUGUAUUGAGUGUUAAAACAGGAAAGAACUAAUGUAUGUUUAUAUUUCUAUUUAUAUUUUCUAUUUAUGAUUGUAUUUAUGGCUUUGUAUGUGCCCAGAGUAUCAAAAAAACCAACUGUUUAUCU